GGUGCUAUUUUAAUAAUCGCUCGAGAGUGGCUCGAAAUUUCGAAUCUGCUGGCCAGGAAAAUCCCUCUGUUGAAGGGGAAAACUCGCGCGCGAUUUUCACGUUCGCCGAUUCACAAACGACGAUCGCUAAUAGAGUGUAAUUUCAAUCGAAACACUCUCAAAAUAUACACACGCUUGAAAAGUAAAUGAAAUACAAAACAACAUAAACGAAAUUUGUUAUCAACGCGACGAGAGCUUAAUGCGGGUUUAAGCGUGAUUUUCAGUUUUUCUGAUUUUCUCAUUUUCUGCGUGUGCAAAUGCGUCGUUUUCCACUUGCUGGGAGCGUUUUCCAGUGGGUCCGGUGAAUUGGCGCGCAAUUUCAUUGAGUUGUAUUGAAUUGAAUGCAAAUUGCAAUUGCGGCACAGCGCUGAAUUGAACCUUUGACAGCGUCGGCGGGUGCGCACAACGUGGCGUAUGCGUAAUCUGUGGCAAACCGAAUCGAAGUACUCGCAAUCAAAUUGAAAUUGAAAUGGAAAUGGAAAUGGAAAUGCUUUAGCGAAUGCGAAUGGAAAUGGAAAUUGAAAUGAAAGGCGCGCGCCGGCUCAAAUAAAUUAUGUGCCAGUGAGUUCUAAGUGCUGUCCGUCUCUUUCCAAGCGCGUAGUGCCCUCUCUAUUUCGCAUAAAUAGAAAUACAAAAAAAAAAUUAAAAAUAAAAAAAUAAAAUAGACCCAAGCCCAGGCAAUUGAAAAUGCGAUUCAUAUCGGGUCGAGUAGCAACAACAACAACUAGAAGACAACAACAAUAACAACAAGAACAACACUGAUGAUCGCUGGCAACAUGUCAAGCAUAAUUAAUUUUCGAUUCCGCCGAUUUCUUGCCACCACAAGCACCUCAUCUGGAAAUCUGGAAGUGUAAUUACGGUCAUAAUUCACGCGAGCCACAGCCACAGCCAUAGCCAUAGCCACAACAAAAACCGAAAGCGAGGCACUUAUCGAGAAUUGUGCAGAGGAAAAACUAAUAGAGAUUUCCGCGAACAUCGACCGAUUGUGAAAAUGUGUUGCCAAUCAAGUGGUCAGUGGAAAUUUUCUGCGCAGCAGCCACCAAAAUCAUCGGCGCCAAGGCGGCUUUACACAGGGAUUUGCGGACUCAACCAGGCCCUGAUCCUCACCAUAAUCCUGCUAGCCGUGCUCCAAAUACAGACAGUAGCCGCCGGAGCGGGUGACAGUCUAUCAGGCGUCCGGCAAUCCUGCUCGAAUGAGGGAGAAGAAGUGCAACUAAAGAACCAGCCGCAGAUUUUCACCUGCUUCAAAUGCGAAUGCCAGAACGGAUUCGUCAAUUGCCGCGAUACCUGUCCGCCCGUUAAUGAUUGCUAUAUUUUGGAUAAAUCCAAUGGAACUUGUUGUCGGAGGUGCAAAGGCUGCACCUUCCGUGGCAUGUCCUACGAGAGUGGGUCAGAGUGGAGUGACCCCGAGGAUCCCUGCAAGACGUACAAGUGCGUGGCCACCGUGGUCACCGAGACGGUCCAGAAGUGCUAUUCGCAGUGCGACAACAACCAGUUACAGCCGCCACGGCCCGGCGAAUGCUGUCCCACCUGUCAGGGUUGCAAGAUCAACGGGCAGACGGUGGCCGAGGGCCAGGAGGUGGACGCCUCCAUCGACGACCGCUGUCUCGUCUGCCAGUGCCGCGGAAACCAGCUGACCUGCUCCAAGAAGACCUGCCCGGUGCUCCCGUGUCCCAUGUCCAAGCAGACAAAGCGUCCGGACGAGUGCUGUCCACGCUGUCCGCAGAACCACAGUUUUCUCCCAGUGCCAGGCAAGUGCCUCUUCAACAAAAGUGUUUACCCGGAGAAGACGCAGUUUAUGCCGGACAGGUGUACAAAUUGCACCUGCCUGAACGGAACCUCCGUGUGCCAACGUCCCACCUGUCCGAUCUUGGAGUGCUCCCCGGAAUUCCAAGAGCCAGAUGGCUGCUGUCCAAGAUGCGCGGUCGCCGAAGUCCGAAGCGAGUGCAGCUUGGAUGGGGUUAUUUACCAGAACAACGAGACCUGGGACAUGGGACCGUGUCGCAGUUGUCUCUGCAAUGGUGGAACCAUUCGAUGUGCCCAGGUGCGCUGUCCGGCGGUCAAGUGCAGGGCGAAUGAGGAGCUGAAGCAGCCACCGGGUGAAUGUUGCCAGCGGUGCGUGGAAACGGCAGGAACAUGCACCGUCUUCGGGGAUCCCCACUUCCGCACUUUCGACGGAAAGUUCUUCAGCUUUCAGGGAAGCUGCAAAUACCUCCUGGCGUCCGACUGUCUGGGCAAGACCUUUCACAUCCGGCUGACGAACGAGGGGCGUGGCACGCGGCGCUCCAGUUGGGCAAAAACAGUGACCCUGAAUCUGCGCAACUUAAAGGUCAAUCUGGGCCAGCGAAUGCGGGUCAAGGUGAACGGAACCAGGGUCACUUUGCCCUAUAUUGGCGUGGCUGGUGGCCAGAAUGUCACUAUUGAGAGAUUGGCCGAUGGAGGAGCGGUGAUGCUUAGAUCGGAAAUGGGAUUGACCCUGGAGUGGAAUGGAGCUGGCUUCCUGCAAGUUUCGGUGCCGGCGAAGUUCAAGCAAAGACUGUGCGGCCUGUGUGGCAACUUCAACGGCAGUUCGCGGGACGAUCUCACCGGCAAAGAUGGACGAAACCAUGGGGACGAUGAGGUAUGGCACUUUGCCAACUCCUGGAAGGUUGGUGGCCCCAAGUCGUGUUCCCGCAAGCGUGAAUUCCUGGCCGCCACACCCACCUGCGACAAACGCAAGUCGAACUUCUACUGCCAUCCCUUGAGUGUUCCGGAACUCUUUGGCGAAUGCCACGAGCGUCUGAAUCCGGAGAACUACAAGGUCGCCUGUCGGAUGGACGUGUGCGAGUGUCCGUCCGGCGACUGUCACUGCGACAGCUUUGCAGCGUACGCCCACGAGUGUCGGAGACUGGGCGUCCAGCUGCCGGACUGGAGGAGUGCCACCAACUGCCCGGCCGGCUGGCGACGCAAUGCUACGCUGUCGAGCUUCAAGGGCAACCAGUUCUACGGGGAUCCCAGCUUCAGCCGGAUGAAGGGUCGUCGGCGGAACCACCAGCUGAGGCUGCAACUGCAGCAUGAUCAGCAGCAGUGGAGCAAACAGGGCCAAAAGGGGCGGCACAAGCCGGGUGGCCAUAACCAGCUGGACAGGCACGGCCACAACAGGCUGGACAAGGAUCAGCUGCAGAAGGACUUCAUCCUGAAGCAUGUGCCCAGCAGUGUCCUCUUUCCGCGUGCGCCGGAUCGCACGCCGCCGCCCCUCCACUAAGUUAGUUGACCGUUUAACUUUAGUUACCCAUUUAGUUACUACACAUACACCCACACCCUAAGCACAAGCACGCCCAUCCACACAGAUACUCUCGCGUGGCAGGCCGCAAACCAUAGCAUACUUUUGGCGGCCCAAAAGAGGCGAGAGACCGUGAGGGAAACCUAGUUGAAUUCGCUCCCAUGACAGCCAGGCCACAGUAUUAUGCUGAAAGUCCUCUGGAGAAGGCAGACAUAUAUAUAUAUAAAUAUAUAUGGCGGAUAUAUAUAAUAUUCAGACUACAUGUAGCACGCACACACACAUAGCAUCGAAACUCAUCCUGUCGCCAUUUCGUGUAGCCUAAGUUUUAUUUAUUUUAGCUUUAGUAAUGGAGUUAUAUUCGGAGAGCCUGUUGUUUGUGUGCCUGUUUUGUAUUUGUAAUCCUGUAUGUGUGUUUCGUCGCUGCGCUGAACUAAACUGAUCUAAAAACUAAACUAUAACUAUAACAAAAAACUAAACCUAAGCUAAGCUUUAGCUAAGUGUACUUAGAACUUAACGCAGUCCUAGCUAAAGUACUUGAUAAUGUUUGCUUAAAAUUUAAGCCCUAGAAAGGAUGAGGAGAAGGACCUACCCAACUACUAUGAGAAUUGCACAACAGUAUUUUUGCUUAGUUGAAUCAUGAACGAGCCCCAGAUCCCCAGAACUCAACUCUCCCCACUCAACUCCUACUUACUCGUAACCAACUCGAAAUUCCGCUUAUCUCAAAUUAACCAACUUUUACCCAAACUGUGUUAAUAUUUAUACAACUAUCGCCAGCUAUUUAUGCACUUAACCUGCGGAAAAGGGAGACAACUCUUUGCCAUUUUCAAAUUUACAAAUUAAUCAAGUUUAAAGUUUAAAGUUUAAAGUUAAUGUAAUGUACUAUAAAAACUACUUACUUGUAUGGCUGGAUCUGUAAAUUUACGACAUAUUUGAAUAGCCCAAAAACGAAGAAAAGAAAAAAACAAAACAAAAACCAAUGCCACUAAUGCAAGUGGAUAAAAUCAAAUUAAAAUAUAUGAAAAAAACAA